UCUCCAUUCCCAUUCCCGUCACACGAGUUAGCAGCGCAGAGCGCACAUCGCACAGCUGCAUCCGAUCCUUUUUUCGUUGUUGUUUUGGUGGCGUGCUCUUGGCAGUAACGCGAACACCACACAUAACCCCUUUUUUUUUAUUGGUUGGCAACGACGCCCCUGCAGGCAGAAAGCAGAGGCAGAAACAGAAGAAGAAGAAGCAGCAGCACGGCACGGCACAGCACAGCACGAAGCGAAGCAAAGCAGAGGCAACACAGAAAAACAGCAAAAGCAAAGCAUUGGAGUAGUUGUUUGGAUGUGGACGGAAAGGAAGACUGGCGGCGACUAACUAAAAGCAGUACAUUGACAGGAGCAGCUCGGAACGGACAGGAUAAGCAGGAUAAAGGUAAAAGCGGCCGAUAAAAAAACAGCCAGCGAUAGAUCGAUUCGAUUUGGCAUAUAUAUAGCACACACAAGCAUAUAUAUAUAGCCAGCCAGCCGGGCAGCCAACUUGCGGAGCAGCCAACGUCCUGGUCCCGAAGAAGAUACCCAAGCAACCCACCAAUCCACCAAUCAUUAUCAGGCCACAACGACACAUCCGCAUCCGCAUAAGAUGUCCAACGGCAAGGCGACGGUCUCGUUCUUCGAGAACGGGAGCACCACACAGUUCGAGUACUGCUACCAGCUGUAUCCCCAGGUCCUUAAGCUGAAGGCCGAGAAGCGCUGCAAGAAGCCGCAGGAGCUGAUUCGCCUGGACCAGUGGUAUCAGAACGAACUGCCCAAAUUGAUCAGGGCCCGCGGCAAGGAUGCGCACAUGGUGUACGAUGAGCUCGUCCAGUCGAUGAAGUGGAAGCAGACGCGCGGCAAGUUCUAUCCGCAGCUAUCCUAUCUGGUCAAGGUCAACACACCGCGCGCCGUCAUCCAGGAAACAAAGAAGGCCUUCCGCAAGCUGCCCAAUCUGGAGCAGGCGAUCACAGCUUUAUCGAACCUCAAGGGCGUCGGCACCACAAUGGCCAGUGCCCUGCUGGCGGCCGCCGCCCCCGAUUCGGCACCAUUCAUGGCCGACGAGUGCCUGAUGGCCAUACCAGAGAUCGAGGGCAUCGAUUACACCACCAAGGAGUACCUCAACUUUGUCAAUCACAUUCAGGCCACCGUGGAGCGCCUCAAUGCAGAGGUGGGCGGCGAGAAGCCGCACUGGUCGCCGCAUCGCGUGGAGCUGGCCCUUUGGUCGCACUAUGUGGCCAACGAUCUCAGUCCCGAGAUGCUCGAUGAUAUGCCGCCGCCUGGAUCUGGCGCAGCCGCCACUGGCACCGCUUCAAUCAGCACAAACGGUAGCAGCAGCAAGGUGCUCGACGGCGAUGACACCAACGACGGUGUGGCAGUCGAUCUGGAUGACGAGAGCCAGGGAGCAGGCGGUCGCAACACUGCUACGGAAUCCGAGACAGAGAACGAGAACACCAACCCGGCUGCCCUGACGCCUUUACAGUCGGGCGAGGCCAAGAUUAACAGUAACUCAGCUGCCGUUGGCGCUGCCCUGCAGGACGGCGACUCCAACUUUGUGUCGAACGAUUCCACCUCCCAGGAGCCGAUCAUCGACGACAACGAUGGCACCACACAGACAACGGCCACCACUUCCACGGAGGAUGGUGAUCCCAUAGCCCUCGGCAUUGGCAUUGGCAUCGGCAUCGGCUUGGGUGGCACACCGCUCGCCUCGGACUCUGAAAGUAAUCAGGAGGCGCCGCCCAAGACCAACAGCCUGACCAUCCUGACUCCGUCACAGCCCUCGACCCAGAAUCAGACACAGACACAGGCGCCGAGCCAGCCCCACAAAGCUAGCAACCCGAUCACCAACAACGGCCAGGUAGCUCCCUUGGCAGCAGAGGAAGCGGUCACAGCAGCACCACAGCCAGCCAGCAAAACGACUGCACCAGCAGCAGCCGCCAAUGGUAAUGGAAACGGUAAUGGCGUCUUGGGCGAUGAGGAAGAUGAGGUGGAGGACGAGGAGGAAGACGAGUUGGACGAGGAGGAUGAGAAUGAGGCAGAGCUAGAGGCUGACGAGAGCAAUAGCAGCAACGGCAUUGUGAGGGACAGUAAACUGCAGCAGCUGGCGGCGAGCAAGGCGGCCGAUGCAGUUUCGCCGGUAGCGUCAGCGGAUGCAGAUUCAGCGCCAGCCAUUGGGCAGAAGCGCACGGCCCUGCACUGCGAGAUGGAGCUGAAUAACGCCGGUGCAGUGGAUGCGGGCGUGGGGGAGAAGUCGCCGGAGCUAAAGAAACUGCGAAGCGAAUGAGGCGGAGGUGAGGAUACGAAAUACGGAUACGGAUGCGGAUGCGGAAACGGAAACGGGGAUCGGUUCGAUUCGGCUCGCCGCGUAUCUGGUGGAAAGACAUAUGUAUGUAGUGCAGUUGAGUCGACAUAGAGACAUAGAGCAACAUUACCUACACUUUACCACAACAACAUUCAAGAAAUUCUACUAUUAAGCAACUAAUUAUACAUACAUAUAAUAUAUUAUAUAUAUAUAUACAACAUAUAACGAGAAGCAACAAACACCCAACACACACUCCACUGUCAUACACACAACACAACACCACGCCACACACAAACCGACAUAACAUAACAUAAACCGAUCAGAUCAGAGCGGAAUAUUAUGAUCCCGAUCCAGAAGGCAGAUCAACAAACAACAUUUCAAUAGCAUAGGAUGUGCGCCAAGAUGAAGAAUCCGAUCAAGAAUCCGAAGAACAAGCAGCAGCAGCAAAAGAGAGUUCAGAAUGCAGCGUUAACGUAAUGUUAUAAUUGAAUCGAAAAGCAAAAGCAUACAUAAAUAGUAACUAUAAUACAAGAUCAGAUGGAAAUCGAUAUUUUUACACAGUCAAAAGGAACAUUAAAUAUAAAGAAAUUUACAAAUGCCGCAGUUGCCCACUACAUACAAAAACAAAACGAAAAGUAAAAAAAAAAAAACAAAAAAUGAUUAAGAUGGAAAAAACAAUAAUUAUAAUAAAACAGAAAAUAAUUUAUAUACAUAAGUAUUUAAAUUUAAUAAUAAAUCAAAACUUGUCGCAUAAACCAAGCUCCCGCCACCACGUCCACUCCCUCGACCUUCGACCCUGCAGCAACUCGCGCUCUCUCUCUCUCACUUAACACACGCCGCACACACUAUAUCCACAUCCAGACACACACUCGGAAGAAACAAAACAAAACUCAUUUCAACACUAAGAAAUUUUUGUGGUCGUAAUUAUAAUAAUAUAAUUUAUAUUUUAUGUGUA